ACCCACGUCCCGGUGACGGCGUCGCGCUGACGCGGGGAACGCUGCCCGCUGAUGGACGUGAUGGACUACAUGUUUCAGGAAGAAGUUGGCGCCUGAAGCUCUGCGCCCUGCUAGCUAAACCGCUAACUCCAACAAUGAAGCGUUUUUCACUGUAAUUAUUUUUCUUUCAGUCGUUAUUAAAGACGUCCCAAAAUGAACGACAUGGAGUUCAGCGUUCCCUUGUCUUCCCUGGGACUCCUGGUUCCACCAUUGCGACUGAUGUCGGCGGUGAUGUGGGAGGUGGUGCGCCAGAGGAACAUAAAGCACUAUGGGAAACUGGAAGAGUUUGUGUCCAUGGUAACAGAUGCUGUUCCUGAACUUAUGAGCAAAAGAGAAGGGCGGUUGCUCUCACUGGGCUUGAGGGCAAGGACAACUCUUGAACUGUUGCGCUCCGAACACCCUGAAGAUCUCAAAGCCGUCGAGACCCAUCUCGACAGAAUCCGAUCGUCUUGCAUAGAAGAAACAACUGAUACUGUCAUAGAAGCGCCUGAAGCGAACUUCAUGAAGCUGGUGCAAGGCCUCAUCGAGGACACUGAUGGAAGAGAACAUUUCCUCAAGAAUGUGUUUCCUGUGGAGUACGGCCCGGACUUCGAUACGGCACUGGAGACUCUCGUUUGUGAGUUUUUCACCAGACUGGAGGAACUGCUGCCGAUACCAGAUUUCAAACAGACUGCAUCCUGGAUCAGUGCUGCCCCCGCUGUCCUAGAGGAGUACAUGCAGUGUGUCUCGAAUGGAGAUGAUCUCAAAUUCCUUCUCCAGAGCAAACAGUGUCAUGGGAAGUUGGCUAAGACUAGUGUUGCUCCAUUUCAGUCAGACGAUCUCCUCGUUCCCUCCCUGUCUCUUCCUCCCUCGUUGGAGGUGGCCAUCGCAUCUCAUCCGAGUGCUUGUGAUGACGAAAACACCGAUGUUCCUCAGAUUGUCAUGUUUGAUGAGGAGCUGUCCACAAACUCUCAAGUUCCUUCCACCUCAACGGAUUUUCCAGAAUCGCCAAAAAGGAACGUCGUUUCAUCGCCUCGACGGAGGCAGCAGUCGGGAAUGCAUAAAUGUCCGGAGUGUGACAAGUGCUUCAAGCAUCACUCUGUCCUCAUCGAACACCAGCGGGUUCACAGCGGGCUGCAGCCUUACAACUGCUCUGAGUGCGGGAGGGCCUUCAGAACAGCCACCCUGCUGGCGGGUCACAGGCUGCGAAAAUGCAAAAAUGCUGCCUACCUGUGCAUUAAAUGUGGGAACAGUUUUCCAACGUCACUGGAAAAAUUCAGGCACCAGUGCCCAAAACGGGGCCGAAACUAUGACUGUGCGCACUGCGGAAAGACUUUCCAAAAGUCAAGCAGCUUGAAGGAGCACUUGCUAACUCAUGUCCAGAGCCGCCUUUUCAAGUGUAGCCACUGCGGGGAAGGUUUCCCAGGGAUUGGUGAACUUAAGUAUCAUCAGCAGAUAGAUCAUGACAAGCCCUAUCAGUGUAAGCGAUGUGGAAAGAGCUUCAUUUCCUCCAAGUGUUUGGCCAAACAUCAGCUGCGCCAUGAGGAGGCUGGUGAAAUAGAGUCUGCCAAAUUACUGAGUGGAAGUAAACAUAAGAAAAGUAGCUCCGCGCAUCGGACUUCCUCCUCUUCUUCCUCCAGGAAAACCACAGUCAAAGCUGUUUACCCACGUGGACGAGUUACCCAUAAUUGUCCGCAGUGUGGGAGAAGCUUUAAGUACCGGUUUGAAUUUCUUGAACACCAGAGGUUCCACACUGCAGUGAAGCCUUACAAAUGCUCUCAGUGUGGCAAAGCCUUCCGAACAGAGGCUCACCUAUCAGGUCACAGGAAGAGAAAGUGCAAGAACGCUGCUCAUAUUUGCACCAAGUGCGGAUGCCAGUUCAGAUCUCUGCAUGAACGUGUCAGACAUCAGUGUGUGCAGCUGCUGACAAAAUAUGAGUGCUCUCAUUGUGGCAAGACCUUCAAGAUGGCCCACCUUCUGAGAAACCAUCAGAUGAGUGAACACCAGCUUCCUUACAGCCCAAAUCAUCGCUUCAGGUGCCGAUACUGCGAUGAGACCUUCCCAGGGAUCAGUGAGCUGAAGUACCAUCAGAGGGUUGAUCAUGAGAAACCCUAUCAGUGCCAGGAGUGUGGCAAGAGCUUCCUGUCUGAAAAAUGCCUCUCAAACCACGAACUGCGCCACAACGAUGACAGACCAGAGAACUGCCUGGUCUGCGGUCGAGGUUUCAGGAACCGAUAUGACCUGAAGCAGCACAUGCGCACUCACACAGGAGAACGACCUUACCAGUGCACUCACUGUUCACAGUGUUUCUCCACAGCAGGAGGGCUGAGGAGUCACACCCGGGUUCACACAGGGGAGAAACCGCACGUUUGCCCCGACUGCGGUAAGGCUUUCUCCCAGAUGGGCGCAAUGCGCACCCACAGGCUCACCCACACAGGAGAGAGGCCAUUCAAGUGCACAGUGUGUGGCAAGGGAUUUACUAUGGCGCACAAAGUCACAGUUCACAUGCGUGUGCAUACCGGAGAGCGGCCUUAUGUGUGCUCUCAGUGUGGGAAAGCUUUCUCAGAUGGAAGCGUGCUGAAGCAGCACAUGCUGAACCACUCAGGUGUCAGACCUUACCACUGCCAGAUCUGUCCCAAGACUUACACUUGUCUGAACCACCUGAGGAGGCACUUAAAAAGUCACUCCAGCAUGAACUGAGUCAAAGUUGAAUGGAACCAGCUUUGGAAACAUUAUGCACACGUUAAACACAGCGUGGAUACAUGAAGUGUGUGUGUUGCUCAGUGGAGAAUUGAUACUAAAGUUGCAGUUGACCAAUCAAAGGAAAUACAACAUAAUGAAGGAAUAUAGAUUGGACUUGUGGUCACUAUUAAAGUAGAGGUGAUUACUUUAUUCCACUUUACUGUAAAAUAACUGUAAUCACUACAGCCGUUUGUCCAGGAAGAAGCGAACCUUCAACAUCAGCACAAAGGAGUGGUUUUCUUUUUCCCCUCAUUUCUUGUCAGGCUUGGUCUUGAGCUUUACCGCUGACAGUUUGAUAGGCAGCAUGAAUACUGGUGGAUGUUAUAAUGAUUGGAUGUCAUGCAUUGAAGGCUGUAAUAAUGGUGAAAAUAUUUUUUUGGAAAGUCCUCAGAUAUAAUAGAAGUGAAACUUUUGAGAUCUCUGUAAAUAUGCAGUAACACUACUUGUGUGAAAGGUGAAUGUUAAAAAGCGGAAACCAUUUAUUACAACACGACUGGUAACUUUAGCCCAGUAGGCCUUUUUAUACACCCCGAUAUGGUUUUCAAGCUUUAUGACUUUGAAAAAUAAACUCCCUUGGUUAUA